ACACAUGGACUCGACGACUUCCCGUCAAAACGCAAACUCAUCAAAUUGCGUUCUCUGACCAAAUUUGGUUAUUUGGAGAUCCGCUUUGUGUGCGUCUUUGGUAAUGAAUGGACAUGGAAAGUAUGACCGAUAAACAUCACAUUUCAGGCACGAACGAGUGACAGAAUUUGUGACUUUCAGACUAGGUUGGAGAGUAAGAUUUUGUUGUUUGCUGCAGUUCAACUUUGUUUGCAAGUCAAGAAGCUCUACAGUCUCUGAUUGCUUCACAUCCUCUUUCGAAGGUUUACACAACCGCCAUACCAGCUCAACAUCCUCAUGCGAAAGUAUAACCGUCCUACCAGCUUUCUACCAGUUGCUCUCAUUCCACUCAGUGAUUUUGAUGCAUGGGCUGCUGUUCUUCAUUAUCAAACUGCAGUCUGCAUAGCGUAGCAAUGACCAAAACAGUCAGUCAGUUUGCUGAAGAUGUAGUUCAUUUCAGCUCUCAAUAUGGGACAGACGGGAAUGUCUCAUAUGUCGUGCCUAACCUGGCUGGACCAUCCACCAUCUACCCAAAUUAUGAAGAUGUGACGGCUGCUUGUGUUUUUAGGACCUACGGAUCAUGGUGGCAGCAGGCUCCUUCCGCACCGUGCCCGAUCGGUCGUUUCCACAAGAAGACAUUUCUCGGUCAAGAUUUUGUAGAUCUGUUGUAUGCUGAGAAGGUCUACCCUACAGAAGUACGCAUUUAUGAGACCUACCAUCCCGGAGCAGUUGUUCAAAUCUUUGCAUGUGAGCUCUAUAUGAACCAGAACGGUCAAAUGGUCAACCACGAUGUCAGGUGGCAGUUGCUAUGGUCCGGGGAACCGCAACUCUCUUCAGAUGCUAGGAUCUUCUCUCCUCCUCUCAAGAAAGUCAAGUUUGCGGCCAACUUGAUCCGCUUAGUCUUCCAUCAUCUACAUUUGAAUUACUACACAGAACUUGACGCAGUGGAAUUGGUUGGUACCGUCUCUGAACACGAUGAUGGAACUGAUCUUGACGCCGUUUACGCCUCCCACCUUCAAGCAUUAUCAAUUAGCCCACAAGACGGUACUGAUGUAGAAGUCUUAUCAGCAGGUAUUACGACAGAUAAUGGCUACUUCGACUUGCUACCGGGUGAGCUGAUCCAGCUAAUCUUUGGUGAUCUAGAGCUUCCUGAUCUAUGCAGAGUGGCGGCCACUUGUAGAUUAUUCAAGAAGCACUGCUAUGACCAGCUACUGUUCCUGGAGUUGGAUUUGCAGCCUCGUUGGCACAUGGUCAAUGUGCGUACAUUGGAAGGUCUUAAAGGAAGAUGUGAACAUCUGCAGAAGCUGAGCCUGUCUUGGUGCGGUGACUGGGAGGCAAUUACUCCUGAACCAUUUUCAAGGUUUAUUUCAGAUUGUGGGGCGAACCUGCUCUGCCUGAGACUAGCUGCGUGUGUGUUUCUAACAGCCAAGAAUAUCAACGUCAUUGCAUCAACAUGUCAACAGUUACAAGAGCUUGAUUUAUCAUCGGUGCGGAUCUUGGACAGUGACGCCUUUGACCCUUUGGCCACUCUGACCAACCUGACUAGACUGAAUCUGUACAGAACAAGGAUAUCCGAACAAGUGACCAUCAAAAUUAUAAGAAAUUCACCAAAGCUGGAAUAUAUAA